AUGACAAUUUGGACAAUGGCAAUCACCACACCCGGCGGGUCAAUCUUUCUCGUCUUCCUUUUCUUCUCGAGUGUCGCUGUUUUCGUCAGCGGCCAAAAUUAUACUGCCGAAGAAGACGAGUACUGGAAACAACGAGCUGCCUCUGCUAUAAAAGUUGCCAAGGAAUCCGUUCAUCCAGAUCCCCAUAAUGUUACAGAGGAGUUCAAUGCUGCCGUACACAAGCACAUCAUGGGGCACAAUAGAACGAGGAGGACCUUGAGAGGUUUCAAGAGAUAUGAUGGUGUCUGCAAUGCCACCAACCCAAUCGACGCAUGCUGGCGGUGCGACCCCGACUGGGCCGAAAACCGCCAGAAGAUGGCCGAUUGCGUCAUGGGAUUUGGCAAGAAGACUACCGGCGGCAAGGGUGGGCCGAUUUACGUCGUCACUGAUGGCUCAGAUGAUGAUCUCGUCAACCCUAAAGAAGGGACCCUCCGCUACGCGGUGACACGGAAAGGUCCUCUCUGGAUCACCUUUGCCCAUAGCAUGGUGAUUAGGCUGCAACAGGAGCUACUGGUGACAUGUGACAAGACCAUCGAUGGUAGAGGAUUCAACAUUGUUUUUGCCUAUGGUGGUGGCAUCACUCUCCAAUAUGUGAGUAAUAUCAUCAUUACCAACAUUCACGUUAAGGACAUUGAAUCCAAAGCCGGUGGUACGCUCAUGGACUCCGAGGACCAUGUUGGUUUGAGGACCAGGAGCGAUGGUGAUGGCAUCUCCCUCUUUGGCGCUUCUAACAUCUGGAUCGACCACGUUUCCAUGGCGAGGACCGACGACGGGCUCAUCGACGCCAUCAUGCUUUCCACUGGUGUUACCAUCUCCAACUCCCACUUCACUGACCACAACGAGGCGAUGUUGUUCGGGGCAAGUAAUAGCCACACUCAAGACAAGGACAUGCAAAUAACUCUGGCCUUUAAUCACUUCGGGCAAGGAUUGAUUCAGAGAAUGCCAAGGUGCCGAUUUGGAUUCUUCCAUGUUGUGAACAAUGACUACACCCAUUGGAUAAUGUAUGCUAUCGGUGGUAACAUGAACCCUACCAUCAUCAGCCAGGGUAACAGGUUCAUUGCUCCUGAAAGCCAGGUCUCAAAAGAGGUGACCAAGAGGGAGUACUCAGACCCAUCGGAAUGGAAGAACUGGAACUGGAGAUCCGAGGGAGACGUGAUGGAGAAUGGAGCAUUCUUCACUGAAUCCGGGGACCCCAACUAUGCGAAAUCAUCCAAAAUAGCUAUGAUGCCCUUCAGGCCUGGGAGUUUGGCCCCAUCAAUGUCUAGCUUUGCCGGCGCUCUAGAGUGCUGUGUUGGCCAACCAUGCUAG